AUCAUUUUUUGUUAUCUUUCGAAAUAAAAAUUGUUUUUACAGUAUGCCUGUAUGUUUAUGUCAAUAAAAAAAUUAACUAAAUCAACAGUAACAAAAGUGGGGAUCAUCGAUGACCAUGUUUUUUAUGACAGUGGAAACGUUAAUAAAAAAAAUUUUUCUCUAUAAAAUUUUAUUGGAAUAAAUUAUCGUCAGUGUUUGUGAAUGGACGUAAACUGAGAACGAUGUUAAAAAAAUUAUUCUUAUUUAUGUCUUACUGGAAAAUAAAAAAAUAUAUGUGAUUUUAAAAUUCGUACUGGAAAAUUAAAUUUUUACUUUGGAUUAACGGCACCAGCGGAACAAAUCAUUAAGUUCAUAUAAAUCCGAAUUUAAUCGGAACAGUUUAUAAUUAUUUUUAUUUUGCGAAAUUUUGAGAUCAAUCGGUUGUUGCUUUGCUCAGUUAAAUUUAUUUGUGACAGAGUAUAAAUAAUGGAAAAACAAAACAAAUUAAUUCAAGAAAAUUGUCUCUUACAAGCUAUCGAUAAAUUAGGCCAAGGAUCAAAACUUCUUUGGAUUAUUUUUAUCCUAAAUAUUUUUGUGUCAAUAUUAUGGGGAAUAAAUGGUUUAUCUUAUAUUUUUAUUGCUGAGAUACCCGAAUACUGUUGCUCUACUCCAGAACUUGAAAAUGCUAAUUGGACUAUGGCACAAAUUAACAAGGUGUCCAUGGUUGACGACUGUCAAAAAUCUGAUUAUAAUUAUGCGUACCUUGUGAAAUUGGGAUACGAAAAUGCCACAAAAUAUGUCAAUGACCUUGAAAUUAAGCCAAAGAUAGUUUCCUGUACAUCAUUUACCUUCAAUACCAGUAAAAUGUCAACGAUUGUCAACGAAUGGGAAUUAGUGUGUGACAAAAAAUUACAUCGAGCAAGCACACUUUUAGUGUAUGCAGUAGGAAUGACUUGUGGUUCAGGAAUUUUAGGAACAUAUGCAGAUAAAUAUGGCCGGAAAAACUCAUUGAUAAUUGGCAUAGUGUUGCAAAUUGUUGCUGGACUUUCAAGUGCAUUUGUACCAUGGUUUUGGGCUUAUAUUAUUUUGAAAUUUCUCACAGGAAUGAGUAUGGGGGCUGUUUAUUCCUCGGCGUUUACUAUUUUGUCUGAAGUUUCAAAAGAUAACCUGAGGAAAAUAUUGGCAGCUGUUCUUGACUGUAUGUCUGCUGUUGGAACUUUUUGUCUUGUAGGAAUGGCAUAUUUUAUACCUGAUUGGAGACAUUUACAAAUGGCCAUAUCAUGUUUUAUUCUUCCGAUCGUUAUUUUGAUUUGGUUUAUACCGGAAUCACCGCGAUGGUUAAUAUCACAAAAUCGUCAUGACGAAGCUCAAAAAAUAAUUGAAAAAUAUUAUAAAUCAUUUGUCAUGACACUGGAUGGUAUUGUAGAAGGCCCAUCAAAUGAACCCAGAUUGUCAUUAUCAGAAAAUUCUGAAAUAUUGAAUAAAGACCAUAAAAAUUGGUUUCAUCGUAAUUCUGUAAGCUUGAGAAUUCUAUUUAAAAAUUCAGAUCUGAGAAAAAAACUUUUGAUUAUGUAUGUUACAAAUUACGUCACAGCAGUUGCAGGUUUUUCACUUGUUCUAAGUAUUGAUAACUUCAAAUCAGACCGCUACAUAUACAUGUCAAUAGUAGGGUGCAAUGAAAUAUUGGCCCAUAUAACAGUUUCGGUGAUUCUCAUAUAUUUCAGCUGUCGACAUGCAAAUAUUUUGGCUUACACGGUUGCAUUUAUUUUGAUGAUAACAAUAUUAGCUGUCCAGAAAAGUAAAAAUAUAGUUAUAGGACUAGCAUUGGCAGCUAAAUUUUGUUUUUCAGCAAGUUACACCGCUAACUUGGUACUUAAUUCCGAAUUAUUCCCUAGCAUUGUUAGAAAUACAGCAUUUGGAACAAGUUUGGUAAUGGCGCAAAUUGGAACGAUGACAGCGCCAUAUAUUGUUGAUUUGCUUGGUGUUGUUGCAUGGUGGGCUCCUACUACACUUUGCAGUAUUUUAGCACUCAUUGCUGGUUUUUUAUGUCUUAUCAUACCUCAAAAAAAACAAAUUCAAAAGAGCGAUACAAUAGCAGACAAACAGACAACUGUAGUUGGUUCAAAUUCAUAGUUAAAAGUAGCAGUUAUUAAAGCAGUUCAUUGAAAAUUAACUAUCGGGAAAAGAUAAAGUGAUGUAGAUAAUCGUAUAUAUGUUUAUGUCGCGCUUCUUGAGUAAAUCUGAUAUUUGUAAUUUUAUCAAUGAGCCAUGUGACUGAUAUUUUUACGUACAUCAUGUGCGUCAUACAAAAAUAUUGACGUUAAAUCUUGCAUUACCAUCUGGUGACAGAUUUUAAUUUAUUGAAUAACGUAUAGACACUUGGUAGUUUUCCACAAAAUUAAUGCAAAAAUUUAAUAUCCAAAUUAUCGUGAUUCUACUUCUGACACAAUAUUGUUUUUUGUACCACAUUUUGUACAAGUCCACGCAGUCAUCUAUAAAAAUAUUAUAGCAACUUAUAAUGAAAAUUGUUUUACAUGGAAAGCUUCUAUAAUUAUUAAACAUUCAAUGAUUAACUUUUUCGUGCAACAUUAAAUUUAUAUGGAUAAGUAUUUCAAAACAAAAAUUUGAUUAUUUUAUAAAUAAAAAAAGUAUUGACGUAGCUAUAAUAACAUUCAAGUGAUACAAUUAAAAAAAAAAUAUUAAUCGAAAUUGCUUUAUCGACAAUAAAUAAUAAUGUAAAACAAGCAAGGAAUUGCGGUGAUUAAAAAAAAAAAAAAAUUGAGUAAAACUUGGAAUUAUUUAAGGCAUUGAGAAAAAGAAAUGCUGCUAAUGAGGCCAUCAAUUGUCAAACAAAAAUUAACUUAAAUAAUCUAUACUCAAAACCAAUUCUAUUUAAUCUAUUAUUUAAAUAAAUUAAAAUUUUCCGCUUAAAAAUACUUUGUGAGCGAAGUUGCAGGCUUGUUAAUUAAUAGCAUCUUGUUAUCAAACAAUUCGUUAAAUUAUAUAAUGAUGAGAUAAAAAAAAUAUAUACGACACUCUUAAUUAAAUAAAGAAAAAAAUCAUGUUCGUUUUAAAAU